CCUCGUUGUUUCAAAUGCUGGCCCAUUCCAAGCUCUCUCGCCUUUUUAGGGUUUUCUCCUCUUCAAGAAAUCUCACUCACCUUCAAUCCUGCGUAUCGUAGGGUUCGAUUCAGUCUCUGUUUAUGAUUCCGCACUUCGAUUCCUAAUCCCUUUGCAAAAUGAGGGCUCGGCUAGUUGUUUUCCCGAUCAAAGGGAGGAACUGGUGCUUCGCGAAAUCUCUCGACUCGGUCUCUAGCUCUCAAUCCUCUUCAUCUCCCCCAAAAUUGAAGGAUCUCUGGAGAAAGAUAAACGCCGAUGGAGUGUCGACGAAGCAGAACAUGGAGACGGUGGCUGAUUUCGUUGCUGACAAGAUGAAUCGAGGCUGGGUUGCGCUUGAGAAGGCUCCCCAAGGGUCCAUCAAGAGCAAAAUCCACAGUUUGGGGGUGAAAUUGUUGUCGAGAGUGAAGCCCACAGAAAUCUUCUUGAAAUCGGUUUCGGAGAAUGUUACAAAGGUGGAGAUUACUUAUCCCGCAAGUUUGAACCCUCGUCUUGUACGGAGAAGAUUAAGGCACAUGGCUAUCAGGGGAUCUGCAAUUCACAAGAAGAACUUUUAUGGUUCAGUUACUCUGCUUCCCCUCACAUCUGCUUUCAGUGUUUUGCCAUUGCCAAAUAUACCAUUCUUUUGGAUCUUGUUCCGUGCAUAUUCCAAUUGGAGAGCAUUUAAGGGAAGUGAGAGACUUCUGCUGUUAGUUUCAGACUGCUCCAAAUCUUGGAGUUCACUCGUGCGAAACGGAAAAGAAAAUGAUUCUAAGGAUGAUUUAAAGCUUGAUUCCCAGUCUCCAUGGGUUUUGCAACCUUCAAAAGACCUUGAGAGACUUAUUGCUGGUAAGAAUGGGGAUGAUGGUUUAGCUAGCAACACCAUCAGUAGAAUCUGUGACAUGUAUCACUUAGAGAAGAAUGACGUAUUGAAGUACAGGGACUAAUUCUAACGUUUUUGAAUUCGUUCAUAUCUAGUCAUAUAGAGAAGUAGGUUAUAAAUAAUUUGGAGCAUAAAGAGGCGAGGGAGAUGAUAAUUGUAGCCCUCUGAAUUAAAAUUUUGUUUACGUCAAGACUUUCCCUUGUAUUUGCUUUUGAUUUAAAGCACAGCAUUUUCUCAUUGUCUUUUGUGUUUGUCUUGAAAAAGAAACUACUUUUAUGAA